CUGCUCAACAUGAGAAGUUGGCAGCGAAAGCAAGGUGGUUCGACUUCUGAAAAGACCUUCCCCCUUUCUCUCUCUGAAACGCCAUGGAAGAAGGCAAAAAAGGACAGUCCAUUGAGAAAUCAGAGAGAAAGAAUGGGGAAGAGAGAGAAGGGAAAUUUUUGUUGGGUGAGCCGACUUUCAAAGAGCUGGAGAAUGGGAGGUUCAAGUGCUUGGAAACAGGUCACGAGGUAUCAUCAAAGGACCUCAAGUCCUACAGUUUGAGCAAGAGUUGUAGAUUAGGGCUUAUUGAUCAUGCUCUCUCUCAUAAGAAGCCUCCACUGAAUCUAUUCGAGCAAGACCCUCUCUCAAAGUCAAAGCUAGUUUGUAAGUUAACAGGAGACUCAAUCAAUAAAUCUGAGGAGCAUAUAUGGAAACACAUAAGUGGUAGAAGGUUCCUAAAUAAAUUAGAGCAAAAAGAAGCAGAUCAAAUUGGUUCCCCUAAACAGGAAAAGAAGAAAGAAAAUUCAAAGCCACCAAAAAAGGUAACCAAGAAGAAAAAGAAGGAAGUCGAUGGGAAUGAUGAUCUCAAAACCAGUGAAGCCGUCGAUAAAAAUAGUGACUCAGAUGAAGACUUUUGGGUUCCUCCUGUAGGAAGUCGCUGGGACUUUGAUGAUGGUAAUGAUCGUUGGCAUUCUUCUAUGAGCUCAGGGAGUGACACAGAUGAUAACAAUGAAAAAGUAAAGGAUGUGGAUGCACUGAAAGAUGUGGAGAUCGGCAACCUUUCCUUGCGGCAUGCUCCUUAUCUUGCUCGUAUUUGUUACAAAUUUUCUGGAGGUAUAUCAGUUAACUUUAUUUCAUGUGUGUUGAAUGCUUAUUUUCCAGGACCAAGCGAAUGCCCGAUGGUCCUAGCAGCUUUGCCUCCAGAAAGAAGAAGAAUAAGGUAGAAAAUCAGAGUGCUCCGGUCAUGGAGUAAGGAUCACAAAGACUACAUCAUACUAGUUUGUGAUCUGCAUCAUACUAGUCAAGAUACAACCAUAUCCAUAAAAUGAGAAAAGUGCAAGUUUACAUGGACAAAUAAACUGCUCCAUACCACAAAUUGGGUGUUUGCUAUCUGUUAAAUUGUGCAUUUAAAGAGCCCCAUAUUGGAGAUUUUGAAGUCUAAUUUUGCAAUUUUGGUAGAUGAAAAGGAUGGUUAAGGGAGCCUCGACCAUUUAGUGCUCACCUUUUGAAAAAACUUCGAGAUUUGAAACCGGGUAAUUGAUGCCUUACAGACGUGAGAUUCUGAUGGAUGCUGAGGUCGUUCCACUCUUUAUGUAAAUUAUGGAAACCUUUGAUAUUUUGAAUUUCACUAGUACUGAAUUUGUCUUUUAACAUUUUCUGCAAUAUUGGAUGGUUUGGGUUGUUAUUAAGUUA